AUGCAACCACUAAUACCAGAAAAGCAAUCAUUUUCAUUAUUGAUUUUAUUUUCCUCCCUGUUGGUCGGAUCGCUGACCAUCAUUGCCUCACUCGUUAAUUCACAUGUUCCCAAUCCGUACAUGGAUGAAAUCUUUCACAUUCCUCAAGCUAUUAAAUUCGUACAGAAUAGAUUUACAGAGUGGGAUGACAAAAUUACAACUCUGCCUGGACUUUAUUUAUUUUCCUACGUGUAUGAACAUUUGGGAAUGAAUAUUUCAUCGAUAAGGAGUUAUAUGGGAACGAGUGCAUCAUUCCGAAGCUUGAAUUUAAUAUUUACCUUGUUGAUGUUUAUUGUUUUGGGAGGAUUAUUGAAAAAUUAUGCAAAGGCUUUCAGAUUGACACUCUUUCCAUUGACUUAUUUCUUUGCAUUCUUGUAUUAUACUGAUGUUGGAUCGUGUUUAUUUGUAUUACUUUCUGUAUAUUUUGCAAGGAAGAAUCAAAUUGCAUUGAGUGGACUCUGCUCGCUUAUUGCUGUUUUAUUUAGACAGAGUAAUAUUAUUUGGGCAUUUUGGAUUGUAUUGUCGAGUAUUAUUGAGUCAUUUGAAAGUACUGAUGUUGAAUUCAGUAGUGGAAGUAUUUUUACUCAAUCGAGGAAGUUUAUUGGAGGAUGUUUGACUAAUUUCUUCUCAAUCUUGAUCAAGUUUUGGAGUUUUGCAUUGCUUGCAAUUGGAUUUUUAGCAUUUGUAAAAUGGAAUAAUGGUCUAACUGUUGGGGACCGUUCCAAUCAUAUUGCCACAACACAUGUAUCUCAAUUAUUUUACUUUUUCUCAUUUGUCAUGUUGAUGGAGCCAGGUAUUAUCUUAUUCAGAUAUUUGCUGAGCUUGAAGAGUGUCAUUAUUGGAAAAUGGAAAAUCAUUGUUCUUAGUCUAUUAGUAUUGACACCAAUUUUUAUUUACCUAUCGUUGAAUUACAGUUAUGUUCACAAGUUUAUUUUGAGUGAUAAUAGACAUUACAUUUUCUACUUGUGGAGAAGGCUAUUCAAGAUUCAUAUCAUUCCAGAAAUUCAACUUGCCGAAUGUAUCAAAUUUUCUCCAAUUUAUGUACUUGCAUUGUUGAUUAUUAUUGCAGAAUUGAGAAGAAACCAAAAGAGUUCCCUAUGGAUUGGAACGUUCUUGUUUUGUACGGCAUUGAACUUGAUUCCUCUUCCAUUGAUUGAAUUCAGAUACUUUAUCAUUCCAUUCAUGAUUUUAAAUUUGAAUACAAGCAGCAGUGACAGACAAGAAUUUGUCAAUAUUUUGUGGUAUCUAUUAAUUAAUGGAGCUACUUUGUACAUGUUCCUUUUCAAACCUUUUGUAGGACCUGAUGGAAAUGAGGCAAGAUUCAUGUGGUAAAAUAUAUGAAUAAAUGUCAAGUUGUUUGUUUGAACAACUAUUUCAGAAUAUUAUUCUGUUAUUCCCAUUUCAAAAAUAUAUUUAAAAUCCUUCUGCUAGAGGAUCAUCAUCGUCAUCAAAGUCAUCGUCCAUAUUCAUUGAGGACAUGGAUUUCUUCUUGUCAUUCUCCUCUGUCUCUUCCAAUAAUUUUAGCUUGUUCACAUUAGGACUAGCUCCAGGGUGGAGUGGAUUCUCCUCGUAAUAGUGAGAUAGUAAAUGAGUUGGGGUUUCACUUGGAUGUUUUGGAGGUAAAUCUUCACUCACUUGAAGUUCAUACUUUUCCACAUUUUCUUG